AUGCUUGUCUCCCUGACCGUCGGCAAGGUCGACGCUGGCGUCACGGUUCUCCUGACGCCUGAUAAGCGCUUGAUCGAGUUUCCCUCCAUCCUUCUCCCUCCCAACAUUUCCUCCGGCAGCAUUGUCGAUAUUACCGUCUCCCGCAACCUCAACUCUGAAGGCAAGACCGAGAAUGCCUUCCGCGAGCUCCAGGACCGCAUCUACUCAGCGUUCGGUGCUUCAGCGCCCACCACACCCGUCCUCCGCUGCCGCAAUGCCACGCAGACGUCCGUCGUCCUCGAAUGGCAUCCUAUCGAGCUAGCUACCGCCGACCUCAUCUCCCUCUCCCUGUACCGCAACGGCCAAAAGGCCGGCAACAUCCCUCGCCCCUUGCAGAUGCACAGCACCAAGAUCAGUGGUCUGGCGGUCGAUACCGAUUAUACUUUCCACCUCGUCCUGCGGACCACCGCCGGCACCUUCAGCUCCGACAAGGUUGUUGUGCGCACCCACAAGAUGACGGACCUCAGCGGUAUCACGAUCACCACGGGUAUCAUGCCCGCCGCCACUAAAGAGGCGCUGGCCGCCGCCGUCGAUCGCAUUGGUGCCAAGAUUGUCGACAGCGUCCGCAUCGACACCACGCACUUUGUCACUACUGAGGGUCGCGGCCUGGCCUGGGAGAAGGCCGUCGAGACAAACAUCCCCGUCGUGCGACCCGAGUGGGUCGAGGCUUGCGAGAAGAACGGCCGCAUUCUUGGUGUCACCAAGUUCUACCUCGACGCUCUGAGGCCGGUUCCCUCCGGUGACGAGCUCCAGCAGGCCCCCACGCCGCAUCAGCCUCAGCAGCAGAGCCCGCAAACACAGAAGGAACUACCUUCACCUCCUCCUGGCACCUCGCCUGAGAACGGCGAUGCCUCGUCCGCCAAGUCUCCCGAGGAUAAGCCACCUGCGCCCAAGGCAGAGGAGGAGCAGCAAACGGCCGGUGACGACGAGAAGGAGGCGGAGCAGAAGAGGAUCGCCGACCAGGAAGAGCAGAAGGUGCGGUUCGAAGACAAGGAGGAGCAGAACCUUGCGCACCGCCCGAAGGAGGAAGAUGACGAGAGCAGCGAGAAGGGCAAAGGCGACGAGGACAAUCCGACCGGGAAGCCAGGCGCAUCUCCUGACGGGGCAUCUUUCGAAAACGUUGCCUUGUGA